AGUGAUUUUGUAAAGUGUUCACAAGACAGUUUGUUACUUUAUUUUUAUCAAAAAAAAUUUUUUUAGGGUUUCUCUCUUUCCCAAAAGAAAUCAUGCCAAAAAAAAAGCAAAGAUUGGAUAAAUCGGAAAGGGAGUCGGAGGAAUCGGAAUGGGAAUACAUGGAUGAAUGGGAAUCGGAUGAAUGGAAGUCGGUGACUUUAGUUGCUCAUAAUGGUAUGGAGAACAGAUCACGCAAGGGGGUUCUGUAUACAUUUAAGGCGAAUAGAAUAUGUGUUUCCGAAUCGAAUUUUAUCAGUAACAUGUUUUUGAAAGCUGUUCGUGUACACCAUACACAUAUCGAAGAUGAUAUCCUUAGAGUAGUUGUAGAUUUCUGCCAUUACCGUGCUAGCCUCAAGCUUUUCCAUACAGAAGAACAUGCGAAAGACCAUUUGGAAAAAUUCGAUUCCGAUUUUCUGGAAAAUCACUGCAAAACCGAUGCCCGUCUUGCCAAGUUUCUUCGAGCUGCCUGCGAGUUGGGGAUUAAAAGUCUCUUGGACCUGACCAGUACUGCUAUCGUUAACAACAUGGUUGGCGGUGGAAAGGGUACACGUGAUGCUUUAAAGAUGUUCCACUUGGAGGGUUAUCUUCUCACGAAUAAUGAGAUGAAUGAAGAGCAAGAUUCGAAGGCUUGGGCUUUUAUGUAAAUCAUGUGUUAGUUAAAAGUAAAUUUGAUCGGAUGCUCGUAGUUUCAUUUCCUGGGUUGUUAACUUGUUAUUACUAUUAUUGUAACAUCAAAUGCACAUACAUGAGUUAUGUUGCAACUGUUCUAAUUGCGCUAAUUAUUUUCUCCUCUUAUGGACC